UUCCCUUCGUGUGCGCACAGCAUUGUGGGGUUUGUGGUCCAUUCACAAGUAGGCAAAGCGGCACAGCUUGGGAUAUCUCCCCCGACUUCAGAAAAGAAUGCACGAUUGAGCUUUAAAAAAUAAACACUAAGGUUGAUUUUUUUUUGAGGGGUCUGAUUUAGGAAACACGCGAGGUGUGUGUUGUAUCUGACUGACGGCAUUUUGAUUAAUAGCGUAGUAUUUUGGAAUAAAAAGUGGUCGCGGCCUGUGGUUUGUUUUGAAUCCCCGGUCUUGAUUUGUGGCGGUGUCUCCAGAUAUCGAUUCUCACGCGAAGAAAAAAAGGGGGCGGGUGCGGUUUUUUUUUAUUUUUUUUUAUUUCCUAUUUCAAAUUCACCUGAUUCAACGUUGAGGGGACUGUGUUAGCAUUUGGUUAAUUGAUGACAAAAAAAGCCAAGGCGCGGGUACACUAACUUAACAAACUGCAAUUAAAUUGCCACAGAGUUUAAAAAAUAAGUACGUAAGUCAAAUUAAAUAACAAAUUAACUGAAAAUGGUAAUUCUCAAGAUAGAUAAAACAUACGUACACCAAUUUGCUAAUUAGGUAUAAAGUAUCGGUUUUGUCUUUUAUUUUUGGCGAGCGUUGCUGUAAUUUAUCCAAUAAUAAUUGGCAAGUUUAUUUGUUUAUUUAUUUAUUUACUAAACAAAACUACCGUCCUGCGAUGUCUUUAGUUGCUUACGCUAGCAGCGACGACAGCGAUUCAGAAGAUGCUCCUAAUCGCGGCGAUGCCACUAAUGCAAGUACAUCUCUGGCGUGGACGAAAAAGGGGGGUAUUUUCUCCAGCCUCCCCGCUCCUAGAAACCCAAAUUCAGAAUCGCAGAGACUAGACCUGGGUGGGUUUAACCUGCCGCCCCCCAAACAGUCCGGCAGCCUUCGCCUCCCGCCGCCCAGGGAUGGCUCCGAAAAACCCUGGAUUCCGCAACCGGUUCCCAAAUCCGACUCCCGGCUUGAUCCGGAUUACAACCCCGGCGAAUCCAAGCUCGGUUUCCCUGCCCCGAAGAACAGCAACUUUGGCUUGAGUCUUCCGCCCCCUAUCGGCGGGGUAGGUUUAAAUUUACCAAGACCCAAGAAGCGGGCGGAACCUGUGAAAAUCACCGUACCUGAAAUUCACCAAGGAGAGUCCGACUCCGAUGAGGAUGAACCCGUACGAAAGAAGGAGACUGCGCAGGCUCCAGGAUUGGGGCUUUCCUCCCUGCUGCCCCAGCCUCGAAACAUGGUCGUCAAGGAAACGCAUCGCCCCCUAGUCCCCCACACACUCACCAAACGCAAACCCGAGCCCAGAGCCCCCGCCAGGGCCUCCGUCACAGCAGCAGCAGCAGCAGCUUCCAGCGUUAGCUCCUCCCCCUCGGCCAUCAAAGCCGCUGCCAAGUCAGCCGCCCUCCAGCUGGCUCGCCAAAUGGCCCAGGAGGAUGAUGCGGAGGAGGAGGAGUGCAGCGACGAAGACCUAGACCCCAAAAACUACUUCUCCCUGCCCGAGAAGGGCUCCCCCCUCCCUGAGCCGGACCCCGUGGUCCCCCCUGGCACGGAGCCCCCCCCAGGCGCUUUCCAGUCCGACGCACCGUUGGAUUUCGGGCCGGCGUGCGCUACCUGGAACCACCAGCAGGGGGAGCAGUACUACACUCCAUAUCCUGAGGCUGUAGGACAGAACCCCAGUCAAGAGGGGUACUACCAGGAUUAUUACAGCAGUGGGGUUGAAGACUCGGAUCCAGCAUUGCCUCAAGCAGCGGCGUCUGGGUCCUCCUCCCUGAUCGACGACGAAGCGUUCCGACGGCUCCAGGGAAAACGGAACCGCGGGAAAGAAGAGGUGACGUUCCUGGAGAUCAAGGGAGACGACCAGCUCAGCGGGAGCCAGCAGUGGCUAACCAAGGGACUCACAGAGGAGAAAGAGCAACGCAAGUCCUUCAGCAAGAAAAAAGGGGACCAACCGACUGGACAGCAGAGACGAAAGCACCAGAUCACUUACCUGAUACACCAGGCUAAGGAACGAGAGCUGGAGCUGAAAAACUCCUGGGCUGAGAACAAGCUCACCCGCAGACAGACGCAAGCCAAGUACGGCUUCUAGUGACCAGCGGGGUCACGGGGGGGGGGCUGGGGGCUGGCCUUUUUAUAGAGCAGAGCCGGUUAGGAAACUGCGGCCGUUUGGGCUCUUGCGCGGUCAGUAUCACGCAGUACAGUAGAGGACAGGGAGAGCCAUAAUGGCGGACACAGGGAGACGGUUUCAUAACCUGCUCUGCUCCAUGGAGUUGAACUAACUGGAGGGCAACUGGGCGACAUUUUCAUAAUAACCUUUGUUGUGUAACCUGGAACGUACCAAGUCUUUGAACGGGGAGGGGGGAGGGGAGCCAGAAAUGGGAAAGCCCUCUUUUGUUUUACUUGUAAUAACCCUGUUUGGUUUGUCUUUGUGUGUUACUUGGUAGAAAUGUCCAGCAGGGGGAGCCACUGAUGUUGGAAUCGAAUGUAAUUCUUCAUGGAUUUAAAAAAAAACAAAAAACUUAUUUUAUAGUCUAAAAAUAAGUAUUUCCAGAUAUUUUUUCCCCAAUUUAAACAUUUAUUAACAGAAUAAAAACAGCCUUGUCACAUUUAAAACUGGU